AUGCACCAUCCCUCAACAAUAAUUCUUGUAUUAGAUUACCCUGAUUCCCAGGGACACAGAAUAUUUAAAGACCUAGAAACCAGGGAAACCUUAAAGAUCUUCAGCUCACCACGGGAUCGCUUCCGCCCUCGCUGUUCCCAGCCUCACACGCCCUUCCCCGAGCAGCCCUACUUCCGCCCUCGUCGCGUGCGCCGGCGCAGUGUGGCGCCCACGCCAGCGCCUCGCGCCAAAUGGCCGCCGCCACGCAGGCACAGAUUAGCAAGACAUCUACAGAAAGAGGCCCAGUCUCAACACAACAACUCAGAGUUCACAGAAGAUCAAAAGAAAACCAUAGCUAAAAUUGCAACAUGCCUGGAAUUGAGGAGUGCAGCUUUGCAGUCCACACAGUCACAGGAGGAAUUUAAGCUGGAGGAUCUGAAGAAGCUAGAACCAAUCUUAAAGACUAUCCUCACCUAUAAUAAAGAAUUCCCCUUUGAUGUUCAGCCUGUCCCACUCAGGAAGAUUUUAGCACCUGGAGAAGAGGAGAACUUGGAAUUUGAGGAAGAUGAUGAGGAAGGUGGAGCUGGAGCAGGGUCUCCAGAUUCUUUUCCUGCUAGAGUUCCAGGAGUCAUUGAAGGUACUUUAUUACCCAGGUUGCCCUCAGAACCUGGGAUGACAUUACUCACUAUCAAAAUAGAGAAAAUUGGUCUGAAAGAUGCUGGGCAAUGCAUUGAUCCUUACAUCACCGUUAGUGUAAAGGAUGUGAAUGGGAUAGAUCUGACCCCUGUGCAGGAUACUCCAGUGGCCUCAAGAAAAGAGGACACCUAUGUUCAUUUUAAUGUGGACAUUGAGAUCCAGAAACAUGUUGAAAAACUAACAAAAGGUGCAGCUAUUUUCUUCGAAUUCAAACAUUAUAAGCCCAAAAAAAGAUUUACCAGCACCAAGUGCUUUGCUUUCAUGGAGAUGGAUGAAAUUAAACCUGGGACAAUUGUUAUAGAACUAUACAAAAAACCCACUGACUUUAAAAGGAAGAAACUGCAAUUGUUGACCAAGAAACCACUUUAUCUUCACCUCCAUCAAACGUUGCACAAGGAAUGACCCUUUUGUGAGACUUCUGUGAACUAAACCACUUGUCACAAAUCAUGGUAGCUGCGUGUGUAGCACCCCCAUCCUUCAACAGGCAGGAAAGUGGCUGUACUCAUGCUAGUAGGUCAAAUGAGACCAUCACACACUGCACAGCAAUACCACAGGGUCAGAGGAUAAACCUACCAUUCAGAUGCAAGUUUUCCAGUACUUUUUUGGACAUCAGUUUUAUCACAAGCGUACUGAAGCAUUUUGUGACUUUCUUUUCAUAAUUGAGCUGUUUGUAAAAUUUCAAUUUUGUAAUUUACCUCUAUUUUUACCCUUGCUUCAGAAAACUUGCUAGAGGGUGGGAAGUGCCCAAUAUGCCAAUUCUGAUAUAGCAAAAUGUCAUGGUAGGUUUGCUAGCUUGUUUACUCUUGCUAUGCUUGCUAUUGCAGACCCCUGCAUUUUAGAGUUCUUCGCUCUAUAUUGUGGGGAAGGUGAUAGGAGGGAUUUUACUACAAGAAAGUGUCUGUGAGUGGUUGAAGCAGCAAUAGGCAGAUUCUGGGUAGAGAGAGAUUCAAUCCAAAGUUGAAAUGCUGCUUUAGAACAUCUUGUUAGCCUGCUGUCUUAUCUGCCUAAGUGAGGGAGGAGGGUUUUGAGGGUGAAAGGGAAGAUGCUGAUGAGACAACUAAAUUGUCAACUGUUUCUCAGUUCAUUCAGCUAGUUCCCAGCCUUGCAGGAUUCAGUGUAUCAUGUGACUUCAGGUAGAAGUUGUCUCAUUACAGGUAUUGGAAUCCCUUAAUCAUAAAUGCUUAAGGGAACAAUCUUUCUUUUUUUUUCUAUACUUUGUAUUUCCCACCCAUUUUCUUCUUUGUGCACCACUGUCUGGGCAUGUGUUGGAGAACUCUGGGGGCCCAUCCUAACUCCCUUUGCUGUCAGUGGGAGUUUUUAACUAUUGAUUUCCACAGGUGGUAGAACUGGGCCCUGAUUACUCAAAUCUUUUUGGUGGGGUUAUUGUGCUCUGGUCACCUCAGGCUGUCGGCAGAAGACAGACACGCCCUCCCUGGAGAAACAGUUUUCAUAAAAUCCAAUUGUGGAUCUUUGUAUGCAAGCCUGGAAACUUAGUCUAAAAUAACUUGGUUUUUAUGUAGGUAGAUAGGAUGAUCAUUUAUUUUCUAUAUUAUUGAGAUGCAUAGUGUGUAAUAAGCUGCAGGGCAUUGGCUUAUUAUAACAUGAAUAUUUGCAUCUACCUUUUGACUUAAAGGGACCGAAGUAGAACCCAUUCAAACUUUUCAUAUAUUCAAUGAGUGGAAUAUUUAAUACAGUUCUUCAAGGUCUGAUGUGCUUCAUGUGUAUCCUAAAUAGUGCCUACAUAUGCUCUGCUAUGCUAACAAAGGACAAGCACCAGGAGAAUGCAGUGUCAAAUGUUAGCUUUUCUGAUCGCUUGGAUGUAAAUGUACCAUUAACGCCUUCCUUUCUGCACCAUGUAAUACUAACUCCAGAACAUUGUUUAAAAAAAGUGAGUGAACAGGAUUUUUGCACUUUUUAUGAUGUGUGUUGGGUGUUCCUUUCUGCCUCUAGUACAGUGAUUUGAAGGGAACCAACACCUGGGUGGAAGAGGAUAAAAUGGACCUUUUCGGUUGUCUUGUCUUGUCCACAAACCAGGAGAGGGGAGGAGUUCAUCUCUUGAGUAUUUGACUAAUGGCUGAAGAACUGUGUAUUUUCCUGUGAACAGUUCAUAAAGGGAUUCAAUUACAUAAUCUUUUAAAAUACAAUAUCAUGCCUGAAAAGAACACUAUCUUGAUUAGUUUUGUUAAAAUAAAUGUAAAUAUGAUCUGACA